AUGCCGGGCGGAGGGGUGAGCGCGGCCUCCUGGAGCCCCGAGCUGGAGGAGAUCCGGGUGAGGCUGGCGGCGCUGGGCCUUUGGGUUGGACUGAGAGCGCUAGAAAUUAGACGCGUGCUGACUACAGUGUAUGAAGACCCGGGGCCCGGGGGGACAGGACUACAACGUGAACCUAGAACCUGCAUAUUCCUGAUCCUCGUGGAGAUAAAUAGAAGACGAGUUCUGGACUACAACUCCCUCAAAGGACAGGGCCCCUCCUGUAUCUCUAUUCAUUAUAGUAACGUUUUUUUUUCUCUUUUUGGGUUUAUCGUCCAUGUAGGAUGCAAGAUUAAGGCGCUGAGGGCGAAAACAAACACCUACAUAAAGACCCCAGUCCGUGGCGAAGAACCAGUAUUUGUCGUCACUGGGAGAAAAGAAGAUGUAGCGAUGGCAAAAAGGGAAAUCUUGUCGGCGGCGGAACACUUCUCCAUGAUCCGAGCAUCUCGCAACAAAAACGGCCCUGCCGUGAGCAGCACUCAGUGCACCCCUAACCUUCCGGGUCAAACCACUGUACAGGUUCGUGUCCCCUACCGCGUGGUGGGCCUGGUGGUAGGGCCAAAGGGAGCCACCAUAAAACGUAUACAGCAGCAGACCCACACCUACAUCGUCACUCCAAGCCGUGACAAAGAGCCGGUGUUCGAAGUCACGGGGAUGCCUGAGAACGUCGACCGGGCCCGCGAGGAGAUCGAAAUGCACAUAGCCAUGCGCACCGGCAACUACAUCGAGCUCAACGAAGAGAACGACUUUCACUAUAACGGUACAGACGUCAGCUUCGAAGGGGCCUGCCUAACCUCAUCGUGGUUAAAUACAAACCCGACCGCCCCGGGCCGUAAUAAAAUGAUUUCCAACUACCGGAACGACAGCUCGAGCUCCUUGGGAAGCGGCUCUACGGAUUCGUUUUUGGGAAGCAACCGGCUGGCCGACUUUAGCCCAACCAGUCCCUUCGGCGCCAGUAAUUUUUGGUUCGGUGAAGCCAUGCCCCCAGUCGGUUCAGAAGAUCUAGCCGACGCCUCCGCCUUUGAUCCAAUACCAUCGCCGUCUGAGCCGUUAUGGGCGACUUUCGACCAGGGAAAUCCACUCGCCGGCUACGGAAGCGAGGUCACGGCUCAAUCUCAGCGCAGGGGGAGCAUGUCCCCCACUUUCCCCGAAAGUCUGGAGUACCCGUUGGGCAGAAGCGUUAGAAGUGACCUCUCGAGCACAAGCGAGGCCGGGCUUCCCAUCUACAUCCCGGCGUUCUCCAACAGCACCAACAGCUACUCCUCUUCCAGCGGCGGCUCCACCUCCAGCUCCCCGCCGGAGACCCGGCGCAAACACGACUGCGUCAUCUGCUUCGACAACGAAGUCAUAGCCGCCCUGGUCCCCUGCGGCCACAACUUCUUCUGCAUGGAGUGCGCCCACAAGAUCUGCCAGAAAGAGAUGCCGCUCUGCCCCGUCUGCCAGACACCCGUCAACCAGGCCAUACAAAUACAUUCUUAAACUCUUAUUAUUUUUAUUUGUUCCCAGCAAGCACUCUACAGCAGUCUUCCUCUAAUAUAUA